AUGGCGGCCAAUGUGACGAUGCAGAGAAAGAAAGCCCCCGUAGCCUUUAUUCCCAAGGAUAUCAUGGUUAACAUUUUCAAAAGACUUCCGGGAAGAUCCUUAAUUCGUUUUCGAUGUGUAUGCACAGAUUGGAAAAAUCUGAUAAAUGAUCUCAUCAAAACUCCGUCUUUCAUCGAAGAUCACUUCCACUGUUCCAGCUGUCGAAACCCUUUCCUUCUCCUUGAACAGUACCAUCGCAGAUUCCGAGGUAUCAGCCUCAGUGUGCUGGAUUGCGAUAAGCGAGUCCAAAAAGUUCAAAAAUUACCUUCUAUUUAUUCUCCUUAUAAUUAUGAGGUCUUGGGUUCCAGCAACGGCUUGGUCUGUGUUAAAGUUGAGAAUGGUAUGAGUCCUCAUCCCAUUUUGAUAUGGAAUCCAGCCACGAGAGACAUCAGAGAGGUGCUCCCUAGAACUAUUGUUCAUUCUGACCUUAUUGACGAGGUAGGAUUUGAGUACAGAACUUAUAUCAAUUCUCAGCUUCAUGACUAUUAUGGAUUUGGAUUCAGUCCUCUUGAUAGUGAUUACAAGAUAGUGAGAAUUAAUGAAUUUCAUCCCUAUGAUAUUAAAGCCGUGGAAGUGUAUUCAUUGAAUUGUGGGUCAUGGAAGGAAAUAGGCGUUGGAGACGACCUAAGGGGCAUAUCAACAGGAACUAAUGCCACUAUUAAUGGAGUUAUGUUUUGGAAUGCUAUGUGGCGCGAUGACGAGCCUCUAAUACUUCCAAUUGACCUAUCAAAGGAGGAAGUGUGUACAGCGAUACCAAUGCCUCAAAUAUACGGUUUUGCUCGUGCAAGCCUUAUUGAGUAUGAGAACAAACUUGCUGUGGUUGCUUGCGCUCAAGAAAGUGAUGGAUCUGAUUUGAUUCAUCUGUGGGUGCGUAAGGAGGAGACAUAUCUAUCCGAGGAUGAGGAUGAGGAUGAGGACGACAAGAGACGUGGAUGGACCAAAAUAUACAUUAGCAGCCCUUCCCCAUGGGGGACCUUAAAUCCCUUUACUAUUUGGAUGAAUGAGAUUGUCUUCCUCCCUCUUCAUGAGAUUGAGAAUGAUGGACAUGAAACAAUUUUAUAUCUGCUCGAUCUCACUGCUAAUGAGUUUAAGAGGCUUCCUGUUAGAUCUCACUCUUCCAAUUUUGACCCAGUAAGGAAAAGAAGAUCUCUCUUUUACCCCAAAAGAAACAUAGAUACUGGGAUUUUCAAUUACGUGGAAAGCUUUGUGUUAGUAAAUCGGCAUCAUUAA